UAAGGUGUGAAGAGCGUUUUCUAGGAGCAUAUUAUAAGUGGGGCACUUGAAGGAGCAUGUAUAUAAUUGCUGUGCUUUGCUGUGAGCAGCACGACUCUUCCACUGGUUCUCUCUUUUGUCAGCUCUACUAGGAUCAAGAUUGAAGAAGCAGCAACCUUUGCAUCCAAUGCCACACAGCUUCUCCAGAGUAAUGAGUUUGACCAGUCGAGCGCAGAUAGUAAAUCGUUUGAUUAAUCUGUUUGUUCAUCAUUUUCUUCGACUUCUGUGGCAUUUUCUGCAUCUUCUUGUGAGCUUAUGGUAUCUUCAAGUUUGUUUAGUCGAAACGACUGAAAGCUAUUUAAUCUCUACUCGUUUGCUGAAAGACUACAAAGCCCUCGAUAUUAGCAAAGUCCAGUACCUUGCCAUUGUGAUAGAUAGUGAGGAUGCUCGCCAAAUCUCUAAAGUUCUUCAACUUUUGAAAUGGCUGGCAGUUGUUGGUGUGAAACAUUUAUGCCUUUAUGAUUCAAUAGGAGUUCUCAAGACAUACAAGCAAAUCAUCAUAGAGAAAUUGAAUAAUGCUGUGCUAUUUGAGGAACUAGUUGAAAAAGGUUUGCCAAUGGACUCGGAAAAGAUGUCUUUGGAAUUUGCUUCGAUAUCUGAUGGAAAGGAAGCAAUAGCCCGGGCAGCUAACCUGCUCUUUAUGAAGCAUUUGAAGUUGUCUAAAAGUGGCGUAGAACAGAAAGAGCUGGUCUUUACAGAACCCGAAAUGGACUUGGCACUAAAGGCUUUAGGUUACAGAGGGCCAGAACCUGACUUGAUGUUAGUUUAUGGACCUGUAAGAUGCCAUCUAGGUUUCUCACCAUGGAGACUUCGAUAUACUGAGAUAGCGCAUAUGGGACCCUUGAAGUCCAUGAAGUACGGUUCCCUAAUAAAGGCCAUUUACAAGUUCACAACAGUGCGCCAAAAUUAUGGUUCAUGAGCUGAACACCAUCAAUUAGAAUUCUAUUUCUGCAAAUUCUCAUCGUACUCCUCCUUUUGUAAGGAUGAUAUUCAGCUGAAUUACAUGUAAUAAAGCCUCUUUCUGUGUGGUGUCUGUUGCCUCGUAAUCUUGAUUUCCAGAGGAAACUUAAAUCAGGUGAAAUCUUUGUAAGAUUGCUGGUAUUUGCUGUGUUUAUAUAACUGGUUAUCUGCCAAAUUGCUACAA